AUGCCUGGGAUCAUUGACAAAACUAAAGAAGCCGUCUCUAACGCUGCUGAUGCGGUGAAGGACAAGUACCACGAUUUGACCGAUUCGGCUCAACAGCACGAGGAACGAGCUCGCGAGAAGGCUGAGAGCGCCUGGAGCGAGGCCAAGGAUAAAGCGCAUGAGGCGAAGGAAAGCGCAAAGGAUUGGAUGGAAGACAAGUACGAGAACAUCAAGGAACAC